AUGGGAAUUCCCGUCACUACGAACACAAACGAUUCAGUCGUUAGACCAGCGGGCUUUUACGUUAUUGGAUUUACUUAUUUAAAGUUUUCUCAUUUAUAUUUAAUCUUCCUCGGCUUCAUUUAUAUUGUAACGGUUUUGUUCAACUCUUUUCUUAUUUACAUUAUAUGGAUGGAUCAUCGCCUACACACUCCAAAGUACAUUGCUGUGGCUAAUUUAGGGGUUGUCGACUUGAUGAGCAGCACAUCCUGUAUUCCUAGUGCGAUAAAGACUGUUAUCACGAAAGAUACAUUCAUGUCCUACAAUGCAUGUAUGACACAGAUAUUUUUCUAUUAUGUUUCAGUCACACUAGAGUCAUUUUCCCUCAGUGUACUUGCCUAUGACAGGUUAAUUGCGAUAUGCUUCCCACUGAGGCAUACCAACACUCCCACAACUAUGUUUUGUAUUUUAGCGAUUACUUGGUCGUUUUGUGUAAGCGUCAUGUUGUUCUCGAUCUUGAUCUUAACAAAACUGUCUUUUUGUGAUUCCCUCUUUGUGUCCAAUUUUAUUUGUGAGUAUGCGGCCGUAGCCAGUCUUGCGUGCAACGAUAGCACACUGCAAUUGACCGCUACCUCUUCUCUGAGUAUACUGAUCUUGUUUUUGCCACUUAGUUUAAUCGUCGCGUCAUACGGCUGUAUUUUGCGAGUCGUGUUCAGAAUGAAAACUGUUGAGAGCAGGUACAAAGCACUUGCAACGUGUACAGAACACCUCGUCGUUGUGGCGAUUUUCUUUGUGCCGACCAUAACGGUGUACAUCAUUGAACUGUUCUUAUUCCUCCUCGAUCCAAAUGUGAAAAUGAUUAACUUGUCCUUAGCGUCAUGCUUCCCCUCCUGUCUGAACCCCAUUGUGUAUUCCCUGGCAACCAAAGAAAUCAGGAACAGGAUCCUAGCUAUGCUCCAGAAAGUCAAAGUAGCAGCGUGGGCAGGGCAGACAUAG